CUGCUCUCCUUGCUUCCCCGCCUGACCUGUUCGUCGACUCCCUCCCACCCACCCUCUGCUCCGAACGCCGGCAGAUUCUGUCCAGCAAACGUCUUGACUACUUCCUCAACGGACUGUCGUCUGAAGUGUACGGAGUUACCUCUCACAGCACUGUCUGAGUUUGCCUGUCUCCCUCUCCGUGUCUGUUGUAUUUUUGGACGAAACAACAAGUAACAAAACAUCAUGCCGGGCACAGUUUGGUACCGUGAUGACUUCGAUGCCACCCCAGUGUGUGAGCAGCUCAGGGACGCCCUGGGAGGAAUCGGCACGGACGAAGAUGCCGUGAUCCGUCUUCUAGGCAACCACAGCUGGAAGCAGAGGCUAGAGAUCGCAGAGUCCUACAAGACUGCCUAUGGCAAGGACCUGAUCGAAGACAUGAAGAGCGAGCUGAGCGGAGACUUUGAGGAGGUGACCGUCGCCAUGUUGACCGAGCCCCGCAAGUUGGACGCUCAGGAGCUGCAUGAUGCCAUCUCUGGAGCUGGUACCGAUGAAACAACCAUCGUGGAAGUUCUGUGUACCAAGACCAAUGAUGAGAUCGAAGAGAUCAAAGCUGUCUACAAAGAAAUGUUUGACUCUGAACUGGAGGAAGAUCUGUGCAGCGACACUUCCGGCUACUUCCGUCGUUUGAUGGUCUCUCUGAUGGCGGCCGGAAGACAAGAGAACGGCUUCAACGUGGACGAUGAUCAGGCUGCAGAGGAUGCUCAGAAGUUCUUUGAUGCUGGUGAAGCACGUUGGGGCACUGAGGAGGCGGAGCUGAACGCAAUCUUGUGUCUGAGAAGCCGACCACAGCUUUUGAUGACAUUCUACAAGUUUGAGGAGAUUGCCGGUAAAACCAUCGAGGAGUCAAUAUCUGAUGAGUGCAGUGGGGACCUGCAGGAGGGAUACCUUGCUAUUGUGGAGAGCACCAAGGACAUGCCCGGAUUCUUCGCCAGAAGGAUCAGAGACUGUGUUGACGGACUUGGGACCAGAGACUCUCAUUUGAUCAGAAUCAUUGUCACCAGGAGUGAGAUUGACAUGGAAGAAAUUGAGGAGGCGUACAGAGCCAAGUAUGAGACAAGUGUGCUAGAGACCAUCGACAGCGAGUGUAGCGGAGACUACAAGAAGAUGCUCGUUGCCCUGGUCACACUGCAGGAGUAAAGCAGGUGAAGGUCACAAGAGCAGGACAGGAGCUGAAUGACCUACUACAAUAACCUGUCAGUUCCAGUGGAAUGUUCCGUAGUCAGACUUUUGAAAACUGAUUCUGUCAAAGAGGGUAGAAAAUACAAAUUUAUUUAGAAUUCUUUAAACCAUCUUUUAACUAAUGAGCAAACUUAUUUAGGAUUUUUAAAACAUAAUUUAUGAAUUUCAGUGCACUGUUCUUUGUUCUUUGUUAGCUUGUAUAAGUUCACAAACAGCUAGCGAAUCUAUUGGAAAAGUUGGUUGGUGUUAUUGUUACAUACUGUACUAUACCACAUUGAUCUAGCAGCUCGGCAACGGAGCAUGUUACUGGUAUCUGUUUGGGGUAAAAGAGAGGAGUAACACUAGCAGAGCCAGUGCUCAGGUCUGGAGUGUUUACUUCUACUCCGCGCUAGUGUAAUUUUUUGUUCUGCUUCUUCCCCUGUCAAAGUAUAGUGUAAAUAGGGCCUAUUGAAUUGUGUUUUUAGAAUUUUUGUAUUGUACGGUGUCAUUCAGCACAGCUGUUUGUGUUUGUCUAAGUCAAAUUCUGACUUUCAGGAACCAAUACAUUUAUUACUUCUACAAAUAUCAUUUUAUUACAUUAAUUCAUACCUAACUCCUUAUCCAUUUUAUUUAUUUUUUGCAUGGGAGAACAUUUGAGAAUAUUAUUUCCGUUUGUAACUUUCUUAAGUGAAGGGUAAAUGGGUAUUUUCUCUUCCGAAACUUUGAAUAUUAUUGAACAUCAAGACAUAGAUCUGUGCAAUGGAUUAUGACGGAAGGCAAGGUUGUGAUGACAGGGCAUUAUGGAGAGGGGGAAAAGGUAGACAGAUAAAACACUAAUGGUACAAGGUACACCCCCCCCCCCCCCCACCCUUUCUUUUAAAAAUUGGUACUUCUUUCAUUGCAUUACGUUAGAAAAAUUGAUAUCAUUUAUAUAUACGAUUCAUUUUGUUGAUUUUUGUUUUCUUGAUAAGAGAUCAAAUAUUUUCAAAAAACGUACUGGUGAUACAAUAUUACAGGUAUGACCUUCUUAGUAUCAGUACAAAAAUCUUCCUUACAUAAAAAUGCUAGUUUUAAUGAGUACACAACACCUUUUUCUUCUACCAAAUUUGUUAGUAUAUAAAAUAGCAAUAAGCUAAACAGUUACGCAUGCACCCAUCCCGAAAAUGUAUCAUAAUUAACAUUUUUUCAACCAUUGGUUUUAACGUUUAAAAUUCGUAUUUUAAAUGAAGCCAUUUAUCUUCUCCGAGGAUAAAACAAAAUCAUCAGACGGCUGUGACUGUAUCUAUAGCGUCAAAGUGUAUUUUUCCUCAUUUUCAUUUUUAUUCCAGUAUUUAUUAAUGCAUCUAUGUGUACACUGCACUUGUUCCGGAAAAAGUAAUUCAGUUUACUGUUUUAUGUACUCAGUAUUUGAUUCAGACCCAAAUCGGUAUCACAUUUCUCAUACAGUACAUCAAAAUCACCUACAUGAUAUAGUAAAUGGAACUGAUGAAAGUCUGAUGGAUAAAAUUGAGACACUGAAAAUCGAAUUGUUUAUCAAAACAAUGUUUAGAAAGUCCACUAGCAAGCAUACAAUUUAUUUUUAUUUUAAGAUUUGUACUUGAAUUUCAUAGAAAAAUAUGGUGUUCCUCUUCACAGAGAGUUUUACGCAGUUUCCAUUGAUAAAGAAUAUAUAGUGAAGCGCUGGUGGUAUCUUUUCUUUCACACAAGAAUGCCCUUUGCUUUUUACGCAAUAAAUUAUGAAAUCAAUAAAUUAUGAAAUCAAUAAA